AUGAUUUUGGACAUAGUCAACAACCUGCUGCUGUAUGUGCCACCGAGACGGAAGGAGGCUUACGAGCGCUUACAGAGGAUGAGGUUCCAGCUGCAGCUACACAGUGUAGAAGACCAGCAUAGACCCAUUCAGCAGCUGCCAGAAUCAUGUGCGUUAGGUAACGUCCGAGUUGGCGUAAUCGUUGUGUGUGCCAGCAGAUCGUUGGUGUCCAAACUGCGUAAGCUGGAGAAGGAAACUUACCUGGUACAGAGAGCCCUAGCGGACGAGCCGGGCAGCGAACAUCUUCUCACGGAGAUGGAGAUUCUGGAAGAGCGGGUAUAUGACUGCAAAGAGCAGCUGUUGUCCCAAAGUGAUGAGCUGCACAUGAUGCUCUCCUGCUACAAAGAGACACAGCUCUCGACGAGUCAGAAGCUGGCGACAACGCGCAGGGACAAACCGGUCACUGUGGUGCGAGCCAAUGAGAUCUGCUUCAAGCAUGCACAGUGGCGACUCACAGAUGCUGACGGACAGUUGGGCAUCGCUGAUCUCGUACUGUUCCAACUUUCUGUGAUCUACAAGGAGGUCAUUGUACCAACAGAAAUCCAGAGCAACAUGCCAGUUGAUCGGAAGAGGGCUGUUAGAGUGUUUUGCCGUGAAAAAGCUCCUGUCGGAGGAAUUUCUGUGAAGGAGCAUUUUGAGAUCAACGUUGUGCCUUUAACCAUAGGUCUGACAAAGAAAUUUUACAAUACCAUGCUGCGGUUCUGGUUCCCGGAGCGGGAUCCAGAGAACAUUGAAGGAGACGGGUUGGAGGAGGCUGAGAGUGGCAGUACCUCAUCAAAAAAGGAGCAAGAGUUUCUGAAAAAAACUGUUAAAAAGGGCAAAGAUUCCAAUUUUUAUGUCCGUAUAGAGCAAAAGGAUGAUGUUGGAAAAAAUGAAGGAGCGAGCAGAGAAGAACAAGCUGUUCAUCUACAUCAAGAUCCCAGAGGUGCCGAUGAAGGUGAGCUACAAGGGGAACAAAGAGAAGAACCUGGAAGAUAUCCAGGACGUGAGCCUGGUGAUACCGACUCUGGAAUAUCACAAUGUUACGUGGACUUGGCUGGACCUGCUGCUGGCCAUGAAGAAUGAUAGCAGAAGAGUCAUAUUGCCGCAGGUCAGCUAACAUUCCCUCU